CGGAGCAUGAUCAUUGACGUUGCUUGACUGUUUUUGAAUAAACUAAAUAAUAAAAAUUUUAAUAACUGAAGAGAAUUAAUUUUCUUUUUUAAAUUACAAUUUGGUAGAAUAUAUUGAGCAAUGAACAAAUCACGAUAUGAUGGAAAUGAUAAAUUUGACAUUAAAACAACUAGACCGAAAUCAAGAAGAGGUCAUUACUCUGGCCGACAAAAUUAUUCAUCACUUGGAAAAAAUACACAUCUGUUUGAUGAUGAUGAUGUUGGCUUAAACAACGAUAACCACUUUGGUGCUAAUGAUGAUGGACCAAUGGAAUCAGAAAUAACAUCUGAUAUUCUCACGAUGAAUGGUGGGCCAAUUCCAACUGAUGCUGGUAUUGAAUUCAAUUGGAAAAAACGAAUUUUAGAAAAACAAUUUGAAGACAUGUCUUUGACUGGAGAAUCAUCAUCAAGUACAUCAACAUCAAGCUUAUCCAGUCAAUCUAUCUCAUCCUCAAAUCUAUCAAGUACAAAUGACUUUAAAACAAAUCAAAAUAAUAUUAUUGAACAUACUGAUGAUGGUGAUUUUUAUUGUCUUCGAGAUACAACAAAGAUUAAUCAAUCAAAUGAUAAAUACCAUUUUAGUUUUCGCGAUAAAAAAAGCGUUGCAAAACCACGUGAUAUUUUAAUUGACUCAGUUACUGAUGACAUGUUUGUUUUUCAGUAA